CAGAGCUAUUGGAGCUUAAAAAACGGAAAUAUGCUAAACAAGACUUGAUUUUGAAAACUGUCGACAUCCAAAUCUUAAAGCGACGAAAUAAGCUUGGGAGCUUAAUAGCGAUAUGAAUUGCGGCGUGAAAAUGAGACCUGAAGCGAGUUAAAAGAACAACGGCUCUUAUGAAUUUUAUAUAAAUAGGAUCAUUUUCAUCUUUAAGGUGAGAAACCACUGGAAGUACUCAGUUCUCUGACGACGAACGUAGACUACACCUGCUGAGUAAACCCAACAUUAUGGCAAACCAGAAACAGCUUCCUCCUUUUUUCCCUACCGUAAAGCUCAACGUCGGUGGCCAACACUUCACAACAAGCCUCCGAACGCUUAAAAAAGAUCCAAACUCAAUGUUGGCAGCCAUGUUCUCUGGAAAAUUUGAAAUGAGACCCUCUGAAGACGGUGCGUUCUUUAUCGACCGAGAUGGAACUCACUUCCAGGUUAUACUCAAUUAUCUUCGCAUUGGAAAACUGACUUUGCCGGCGAAUGCAGUCAAUCUCGGAGAGCUUGAGGCAGAAGCAAACUUUUAUCAAAUUCAGGGCUUAAUGGAUGAACUGAAAUCCAAAGUAUCAUUCCAAGAGUCGGAAAUUGUGAGAGUAGAAGAUCAUCGUAAAUUACUGAAACGCUGGCUUCCUGAUCAAGGAGCUGAAUGGCAUCUCCUAUUCCGAGCUUCGCGAGAUGGCUUCACAGCUCAAGCCUUUCAUUCAAAAUGUGAUAACAAAGGACCUACGGUUACCAUUGUUAAGAGUGGAGAUAACAUAUUUGGAGGCUUUACGGAGAUUUCGUGGACAAGUAAGUUCACAGAGAAGGUUUUUUAUAAGUAAGGGACAACUUCAUCUUCAGCUUAGUGUCGAUUAACCAAAGCAAACGAAAUCGUAACCAUAAACCAGAAAACUAGCUAGAUAUCAGUUCGGAAGAAUAAAUAAUACUUUUAGAUUAAACAUGAUGUUUUCAACGGGAAUUUUGAACCGUUAGCCGUAAAACUGCCAAAAAAUUUAGCCGUUUGGUGUAAAAUUGACAAAUUUUAUCCAUUAGUUGUAAAAAAAAAAAAGUUAAACAUAAAUUUGUUUUCUGGUGAACACAAUGGAAAUAGGUUAAUUGUUAGCUGUAAAUUGUCCAAAAUGUAAACCGUUAACGGCAAAAGCCAUCACCCCACUGAGACCCUCAAUCAUGCACAUGCAGGCAGCUUACUCCAAGCGUUGAGAAACGUGUGAAAACCUCUAACAGUGGAAAUUUUUUUGUUAUUCAAUAAUCAAACGGAGUUUUGAAGUGUAAAGCAUCAAAAAUUAAAUCAUGCAGUUGAUCAGUUUAAAUAUUUUUUCUUUCGGAUUAAAAAUCGAAGGAGAAUGAGUAAAAACUGAUCUUGUAAAUCAGCGUGAGUUUUUAGUCAGAGAUGUUUUCAGAAUUUUUAAGAAAGGUCUUGUCUGACAACAAGAGCAGAAUUUGAGGGCAAGUCUGGGUGUUUUAUUUACAAGAAUUUCACUUAUGCAUAACCUUUACACUCUAACAUCAAUAUGCAUAUUCUCCAUACUUCUCUCUGAACAUUUCCUAAGGUGCUGACAAAGAGAAUUUGUCAAACAAUCAAGAACUUAUUUAGUUGGUGAUCAUUUCCUUUAUUCUCAUGACCAUAAUGUUUGAUUCAGGGUUGAUACUGUUGGGAGAAAUUAGAUGCUAGUCUCUCUUAGGGGUCAAAGGGUUAAAAAAUAGGGAGAUACUACUCCAUGUAAGACCAUAUCUUGGUAUGCCCUUAAAAAUGUCAAACUAUUUUCAUUCCUCUCCUAUAGGUCAGUGUCGCUGGGUGCCUUGUCGUGAGUCAUUUCUGUUCAGCUUGGUAAAUCCACACGGUUUGGGUCCAAUCAAAAUUGCUGAAAUCAAGAGCAGAGAAAACGCCAUUUUCUGCAACAACAAUUGUGGACCAACAUUCGGUGGCUGGUACAACCUUCACAUAUCAAGAAAUGCGAACGAGACCAAUUCUAAUUACAGUAACCUCUCUCGCUCGUUCAAUUUCCUUUCUGACACUGACUUGUCUUUAACAGGAAGCAAAUAUUUUUCUGUCACGGAUUAUGAGGUUUUUGGAACUUGAAACUUUCAAACUUUAGGAUCGAACAUGGCGCAUAUAGACAUCUUCUCAGUCUGAUGGCUUUUAGCUCCAGUUGUCUGAUCAUUUAAAGGCAGUGAAUCCUCCAUUCUUUUUAUUAAAUCGUUCAUGAAAAAAUAUGCCUUAAACGGCUUCACGUAUAACGAUUAAAAACUUUGGAAGCGAUGCACGUGUUUGAAAAAGUGCUGCCUUUUUUUUUAACAAAUGUGUAAAAAAUAUAAUAAGUCUAAAAAUCUGAAACCUUUUCCGUGUAAUAUAUAGAUUUAGCCAAGCCUAAAAGCGGAGCUCGCAUUUUUUUCUUCCUCACGUCUUAAGGGCACAACGCCCUGCCCCGGCCAGGACUAGAACCCAGGUCGUCCGACUCGGAGCCCAGUGCACUCACCACUGGACUACUGGACAAAGCCGUGGCGCUGGCGUGCCCGCGGUACAGUUGACCACGCAUGUUAAAAGUAGCACCUUGUACGAUCGUACAUCCAAAUUUUUUCGGCUUGAUGGGUUACUUCUUUUUUGUAUAAUUAUGGGGCUACGCUCUGCGAGCUCCGCUAUAACUUCAAGUUAGUUAUAGACCUUGCCAAACAAGCGAGCC